AAUAUUGUAUAGGUACGAGCGGCGGCGGCGACGGUUCAGCUUUUCAACCGUGCCGUGUGCGUGUGUGCGUGUAACACAACUAACGAGUACAACGGGUUGUGUUAGUAGUACGUACAACUGCGCGCGAGUAUGUAUGUCGGCGGACGCGCACCAUUGUCGUUACGAUCGAACGCCGUUAGCGGUCCUAUGUCGGCGGGAACGCCGUCUCGUAUUCCGCUGUAGUACGUGAUUAAUCGCCGCCGCUGGUGCUCCGUGAACGCCGGACCCGUUCCCGUCGAACCAUGGGAAAUCGCGACUGAGUAACUGUUGUAGCUGCUGCCGCCGCCGCCGUCGCCGCACCACAUACCACUGUAUAUCUGUUGCUGCAAUCGAUUACUCGCCAGUGUUUCGGAAUCGACAUGGCGUGCGAAUCGUCCACUCGCGUCUUGUUGGUCACCGCCAACAUUGGUUCAAUUUUUGAAAACCCAAGUGUAAUGUUAAAAAUAUGGACUGAUGAAUUUUUAAACACUGUAAGCAGAUUGGACCCAUAUUUUAUUGCUUUGCAUUGUCAAGAAGUUGGUGGAAAAAAUUACGAAGAAAGCAUGAAACAUGUCGAUUUUUUCGUUAGUUUAUUGAUGUCAAGCAAAGAAUUACGGAUCUUCAACAGAGCUCAAAUAUUUCUUGAUGAAGAAUUUACUUCAGCAGAAAAUUUUACAGCUUUGGGGAAUUUUUAUUUUAUACAUGAAGCUAUAAAAGAAGUAUCUUUAUGGGAUUUUAAUGAUAAAGAGUUUUUAUCUGUCACUGAAAAAUCUAAAUAUUCUGGAAAUAUUGAACAUGUUACCACAAAAGAAAAGUCCAAAUUUCCCCAAGAAUUUUUCCCAGAGUGCAAAUGGUCCCGAAAAGGAUUUUUGAGAACUAGAUGGAAGCUAAAUGGUACAAUAUUUGAUCUUGUAAAUAUUCAUUUGUUUCAUGAUGCAUCAAAUUUUACUGCAAUGGAAUCUCAUUCCUCAGUUUAUUCCAUUAUGAGACAAAAAGCACUUGAAUAUACUUUAGAACGGUUUCGUAAUUAUGAAUGUGGAUUUGCUCCAUUUUUUUUAUUUGGAGAUUUUAAUUUUCGAACUGAUACUAAGGCUGUUAUAAAAAAACUAGUGGAGGGGUUGGAUAUGGUUAAAGAUGACGUAGAUAAAGAUAAUUUAGUUUUUCAAUACACUGAUAGUUCCAAGGAAGUUAUUUUUACUUUAAGAAAAAAAGAAUUUUGUCAUCUAGAUCAUCAAAAUACAUUUGUUUCAAAAUCUGGAUCAUGGUUAAAAGAUUUUGAUUAUGAAUUAAAAUCCUUUAAGGAUCAAUUAUUUGAAUUUCCUAUACAUUUUCAACCAAGUUAUCCAUUUGAAGAAAAUGAACAUGAAGGGAUGAACUAUAUGAAAACCAGGUGUCCAGCGUGGUGUGAUAGGAUUGUUUUGAGUACUGGAGCUAAAGUUUUAAUAAAUGAAAAGGCAUUUGAAGAAGAUAAUAAUUCAGAAGUGGAAUAUGAUCUAAUUGGAAAGAAAACCGGUAUGGGAGAUCAUAAGCCUGUGUACUUGAAAUGUGACAUUAAGAACAAUGCAGGUAUAGUGGACAGAGUGGAUUGUGAUUGUAAGCUUAUAUGUGUGCCUCCCAAAACCCAAAAUCCACUGCAUGCUUUGUUGGGUGCUCGUUUAUGCGUAGAUUCAAAUGAGUGUAUUCCAAUAGUAGAUACAAUUAUCCCGGAAAACACUUUAGUAGGAGAAAUUAAAAUUACUCCAGAACCAACUACGUCAACAUCAUUACACAGUUGUGAAUUUAAAAUUGUACCAAUAACAGAAAUUUGUGUAGAAAGUCGCACGAAAAUAAAUAAGCAUAAUUUUAUACAUAAGAAAAUUUCUGAUAAACACAGAACAAAUAAAAGUAUAUUUCCUAUGUCUGAUUGCAUUUGCUAUACACACAAAUGGAAAUUUCCAAUGAUAAUGCAAAAAGCAUGGAAUCAUAAUAAACGUGUCAGACUCAAGUCAAAUCCUAGUUUCAAUAAUAUGCCUUUACAGAGGUAUCAGAGUCAUCAUAGCUCAUCAGACGAAGAUUGGUUUGAAGAAGUGGCAGAUGAUGAAACUAUUCAUUAUAACGAUAAGAAAAAUAAAUGUACUAGUAAUGAAGAGAUAACCUUUACAAAUGCUAAAGGAUUUCCUGUUAAUUUUGAUAGCAAAUCUGAUCAUGUAGCUUCAAACAGAUUUAAAUGGUGUUCUUCAUUUGCUUUUAGGAAAUUAUGUGAUAAACGACCAUUAACAGAAACAAAGAUAGGACGUAGAGACCCGACAAAUUUUUGUAAAAUAACAUAAUCAAAUUAUUUUUCCAUACUAAUAAUUUGUUACAUAAUUUAACAUACCUAUAGGAUUAAAAUAAUUAUAAUUUAAAUAUUUUUACAUAAAAACCACUUAUUUAUAAUUUUGUAAUUGUUUGACUUGUGAAAAAUUAGAUCACUUAAUUACCAUUUAUUAAUCUCACGCUUACAAUAUAAAUAUAAUAUAAUA